AUGGCAGAAAUAAAACAAGUGAGAAAUAAGAAAUUGUUGCCGGACUUAAGGAAGGAAGGAGAAUUAAAAAAGGACAUAGUCCUUUCUACUACUGAAAAACAUGGUGUUUCCACAGGCUCAAGAUUAUUUUCUCAUCAUACAUUAGCAAGUGUUCGGAAAUUGAGUUUUUAUCACCCAUUUUUUUUGCCUGAUGACAACUUGGAUGUUAUCUUGACAUCUACCUACAAUCAUUCAACGGAACGCUUUGCGGACAAAGAGGAUUUAUAUUUGCAACCGGAAACUAUUGGUUGUGAAACAUGGCGACGGUUAAGAAACACCAAUGAUAAACGGCCUCCGUCUCGCGUACCAAUGGGCCAUCCGAUGAAACGCGGAGGUAUAACGGAACGCAAGUCACCGUUUAGCGUCAAGUUAAUGAACUCAGGCGUGCAUUCGUCUCAAACGAAUCCUGGAUACAGCAGACAGCCUGCUGGCGGCGCCAUAUUCUUCUAUUGA